CGCGCCCGCACCUGCGCCGCACUAUGCCGGCCCGCGGCGCUGUGCGCACCUGGGCGCUGCUCGCCCUCUGGCUGCUGAGCGGCCGGGCCCAGGACUUCGGGCCAACGCGCUUCAUCUGCACCUCGGUGCCCGUGGACGCCGACAUGUGCGCCGCGUCCGUGGCGGCCGGUGGCGCCGAGGAGCUCCGGAGCAACGUGCUGCAGCUCCGCGAGACUGUCCUGCAGCAGAAGGAGACCAUCCUGAGCCAGAAGGAAACCAUCCGCGAGCUGACCACCAAGCUGGGCCGCUGUGAGAGUCAGAGCACGCUGGACGCGGGCGCCGGCGAGACCCGUGUGACCGGCGGCCGAAAGCAGCCCGGCUCGUCCAAGAACACCAUGGGCGACCUGUCCCGGACGCCGGCCGCGGAGACGCUCAGCCAACUCGGGCAAACUUUGCAGUCGCUCAAAACCCGCCUGGAGAACCUCGAGCAGUACAGCCGGCUGAAUUCCUCCAGCCAGACUAACAGCCUCAAGGAUUUGCUGCAGAACAAGAUUGAUGACCUGGAGCGGCAGGUGCUAUCUCGGGUCAACAGUCUGGAGGAGGGCAAGGGAGGCCCCAAGAAUGACACAGAGGAGAGGGUCAAGAUCGAGAGCGCCCUGACCUCGCUGCACCAACGCAUCAGCGAGCUCGAGAAAGGUCAGAAGGACAACCGGCCUGGGGACAAGUUCCAGCUCACAUUCCCUCUGCGGACCAACUACAUGUACGCUAAGGUGAAGAAGAGCCUGCCAGAGAUGUACGCCUUCACUGUGUGCAUGUGGCUCAAGUCCAGUGCCGCCCCAGGCGUGGGCACCCCCUUCUCCUAUGCAGUGCCUGGCCAGGCCAAUGAGCUCGUGCUCAUCGAGUGGGGCAACAACCCCAUGGAGAUCCUCAUCAAUGACAAGGUGGCCAAGCUGCCCUUCGUGAUCAAUGAUGGCAAGUGGCAUCACAUCUGUGUCACCUGGACCACCCGGGAUGGGGUGUGGGAAGCGUACCAAGAUGGGACCCAGGGCGGCAGCGGCGAGAACCUGGCACCCUACCACCCCAUCAAGCCUCAGGGUGUGCUGGUGCUGGGCCAGGAGCAGGAUACCUUGGGUGGUGGGUUCGAUGCCACCCAAGCGUUCGUGGGUGAGCUGGCCCAUUUCAACAUCUGGGACCGCAAGCUGACCCCGGGAGAGGUGUACAACCUGGCUACAUGCAGCAGUAAGGCCCUUUCAGGCAACGUCAUCGCCUGGGCCGAGUCCCACAUUGAGAUCUUCGGUGGAGCUACCAAGUGGACAUUCGAAGCCUGUCGCCAGAUCAACUGAGGGCUCUGGGCCAGGCUGAGCCCCCACCUCUCGGGACCCAGCCCUGUGCCCACCUCCCCUGCUUGUGCCGCGAAGAUCCAUCGUCUCUCCUCCUCUCCUGUCCCCCUGCAGGAAUGAAUCAAGGCCAUCGUCCCUGCACACGCACACAUGUGCACACACACGCAAGCCUGGUUUGCCCU